UCGGACCAAUGUGUUAACUGUUAAGUGGAGCGUCAGAUUAAUCAAACAAAAAAGAAAAAGAGGGGGGGACGGGAAGAAAAAAAGGCGUUGGAGCGGAAGAAAUUUUUAUCCGCGACAAAUAAAAUCCCGUCAAAGUCCACUCUCCGCGCUACUACAUAGCCCCGGGCCUGCAGCUAUCUCGCUUUUCCGAAAAUGUUGAAGCUGUCUCGCUUGUUCUCUUCCAGGCAUCAGAUAUCAGAAACACUGUUAUCUCAGAAAGCUGAUCUUAGAGACGCUCUAUGGCUUCUGUGUGGUUGUACUACCCAUUCAGCUGGCAUUUCUACCGCUACAAAUGACUAUUCUGCUAAAGGAUAUACUUCAAGUCAAAUAUUUGUUCCAUAUUCUGUUUUCAAAGGCAAAGCUGCACUCUCUCUGAGUCCCCGACUUCCAACUUUCUCUAAGUUGGAUUCUGGGACCAUUGUUAUUGAUCGCCGUGGUUCAAUGAUGAUGACUUUCAUACCUGCUCUUGGUGAGCGCAAAUAUGACUGGAAGAAGAAACAGAGAUUUGCUCUCUCAGCAACGGAAGUUGGUUCUUUGAUAAGCACGGGCCCCACAGAUUCCUGUGAAUUCUUUCAUGACCCUGCAAUGUUAUCAAGUAAUGCUGGUCAAGUCAGGAAGAGCUUAUCAAUUAAGCCACAUGCAGACAGCUCUGGCUACUUUAUGUCUUUGUCUGUUGUGAACAACAUUUUAAAAACCAAAGAAUACUUGUCUGUUCCAGUCACAACUGCUGAGUUUGCUGUGAUGAAGACUGCCUGUAGCUUUGCAUUGCCGCGCAUUAUGGGUUGGGAUCGUCUGGCUCAUGAUCAGUCCAAAGGCAUGCAUGGUCAUCAAUCAAAGGUUGACCCGCAAGUUCUAGACUUGGAGUGGGCAAAGUGAAUUACAAAAUGAAGUGUAUCUGUAUCCUCGUUUGUAUGGCUUUGCCAAUGUUUGUUAUGAUUUUGAUUUUGAAGACCGGGUUGCUUGACAAAGGUUCUGGCUUUCUAUCACCGAACUCCAUGUGAUGUGAGGAACAAUGCUCACUUGUUUAAUGUUUUUCUCCUUAAUUAUGAAAACUAUUUAGGCAAGAAUUUCAACUUA